AGAAGCAAGAAAGAGGGAACAGGAGAUGCUACAGAGACUUGCCUCAGUGGAGGAGAGAAAGCGAUUGCGAGAAGAAGAAGAAGAGAGGCAGUGGGAACUUGAGGAGCAGCAGAGGGAGGAGGAAGAAGAGAGAAUGAGACAAGAAGAGGAAGAAAAGAAGAGAAUGAUGGAAGAAGAGGACAAAAUAAGAGAAUUAGAAAGACAAGCUGAAGAAGAAGCCAUGGCAAGAUUGAUACGAGAACGUCUUGAAGCUGAAGAAAGAAAACGACUUGCUCUUGAGGCCGCGGAAAAAGAACGAGAAGCGGAAGAAAUGAGAAGACAAGAGGAGUUAAGAAGACAAGAAGCUGAGGCAGAAAAGCGUAGAUUACGAGAGUUAGAAGAACAGAGAAGAAUGGAAGAGGAGAGACAACGAUUACUUGAGAUUCAAAGAUUGGAGGAGGAAGCAAGACAGCGGGUUCGAGAGGAGUUGGAAAAACGACGAGCAAUACUGCUACGACGUCGUGAUUACAACCGUGAACACAUGAAUCAUUUGACAAACGUUCGUAAGACACAAGGUUUGACAAGACCAUGGGUGUUUUCAUAUUACGUACACUGGCCAAGAGCUACGUAUGAAAAACCACUCCCAUCAGGUGACAAGAAGAAAAAAGGAUUUCGAGCACGACCCAAGCCCAAGGCUCCUUAA